GCCGUGGCAGCUGUUGUAUAGCGGCGUCGAAUACAUCUCUUCUUGAGGUCUGGUGGCUAAGACGGAACGAAAAUCUAAUCUCUAAAAUAGGGGGCGGAACACUUUUUUCGGUAGUGGAGCUUAGUCUCCAUCUUGGAGAAUAACGCAUUUUAUAUUCUGUUCAUUAUUUAAACCUGUUAGCGUUGAUGCCGGUCCCAGUAUAGUUACCAAGAUGAAAAUUGAAACGAAACUUCAGAAACCAUAUAGAAGAGUUCCGAGACCAAUUGAGAAGUUCACCCCGUCAAAAGUUGUUUCCAAGCCUCCUGCGCCACCAGCUGUGUCCCACAAACCAGGAAGUAAGGUGUAUUUGUACGUCUAUGACAGCGAGCCAGAAACUCCAGCUUCAGCACCACAGUAUUACAGGAAUCCACAUUUCACAAGACAGACAUCAGAGGGAUCAGUUCAGUAUCCAUACGCAAACGAAAAGAAGCAAAGGCAAGAAACUGAUGCACAACACCCCUCACCUCCUAUUGCACAAAACCGGACAGGGAGACAAAGAGUGAGAGAUCAAGGAAAAAAGAGUGACAAGGGAUACAAAGUGCUAGCCGAAGUGACGCCUCACUUGAGGUCCAGUUCACGCGGAGGACGUAUGUUCGUAAAACAAAGACAGAGAAUGGAGCAAUAUACUAAGGAGAGUCAAAAUACUAGAAAUGAUGAAAAUAAUCCUUACGCAGCAGAACAUAAUGAUUUUGUCGAUCAAGGAGCUAGUGACGGGUGGGCAACGCCUUGGAAUAUGGCAAACAAAUCACCAACAGCUGUAAAAUACAUCACAGCAAAAAGGUUAGCCGGACCUAUGAACAAAACGUCGAGGCGCGCUCUGAGAGACCCACUGGGUUUUCUACCAAAGCCACCAGAUUUUUGGCGAGCAAAGGUGGAGCAAAAUUUUCCUAAUGGUCCCAAAGUAGCACCACCAAUUCGUCCAAGAAGUCGACAGUGGCACAAUCCUGGUUAUGGGGAAAUGAACGGCUACUCGCUUCAUCGUCCGGACUCUGCUCCUCCAGAUGAUUCCCCUUCCCUACACGACGAUCAAUACUACAAUCCUAAUAAUAUUUAUGACGAAUACGAUAAUGGAUAUCUCUCCGAAUAUGAUGUGCCCAGAAGGCCCGCAUCAGUAUCUCUUCCGGGGGCUACAAUUCAUUUCAAUGCUAAGCAGUAUUACGCAGCCCCGCAUCGUCGUCAAGGGCUAAGAAAAGGAUGGAACACCUAUACUACUACGCCUCAUGUCGAAAGGGAUUUCAAUGCAAGACCUAAAGGAUGGAACCGAUAUUACUAGAAUUCACGCAUUUUAAACAAACGGAUACAUAAAAACGAUGUUUUCAUUGCUUCAUUGGCCUUUGGCUACAUAGAACCAUGAUAGUCAAUAUAGAAUCUAUAUUUUUACAAAAAUUAUAAUAAUCGAGAAUAGGAGAAUCAGUGAGUGUAUGAGAACAUUUAUGCGACCGCAUAUGAAUGUUUGAGAUGAUCAACUAUGUUUUAGAAUUUCAGAAUUGUUUACCAAAUUAUAUCUUUUUUGUUCUGAA